UUUUGAGUCAUAUGACCAGGAAGCUGAAAUUGGUUACUUUUUCCCUGCAAACCAAACUGUGUGCAUUCAGUCUAACAAGACCCAGUUUCAGCACAAAUCAUCCCAGCUACCGUGUCCCCGUCCUGCUGUAUGGCGAUGUUCAAAAACAGGGAUUUUUCUUGGAAUGCCCCCGAAGUAAGCCAGUCUUUCCUCAGUGACUUUCUUCAGCUGUCCUGUGCCGCUUUGUUGUUGCUGGCGAUCGUUCCCCCGGCUCAGGGAGUGUGGCCACUGCCACAGAGUCUCGCCUCUUCGGCAGAGAGAUACCCACUCAGUCCCCGAGAAUUCAACUUUCUAUAUGACAAAGGGUCUGCAGUCCAACCGGGAUGCACGGUCCUCGAUACGGCUUUCAAAAGCUACUCCAGGCUCACCUUCUCCGGAUACAGCGAAGGAAAACCCCUAACAGGGAACGAGAAGCCGGGUUCCGUGUCUCCGGAUGGGUCCUCCUUUGGUAGUGCGCCCCUCACAGCUCUGGUGGUGAAUGUGCAGAAAGAUGGAUGUGAUGGAUUUCCAGACCUCAAUUCUAAAGAGGACUAUAAGCUCAGUAUUGCUGAUGGAUUGGGAAGCCUAUCUGCAGUGUCGGUAUGGGGAGCGCUCAGAGGCCUGGAGACAUUCAGCCAGCUUGUUUACCAGGAUCAAGAAGGCACUUAUUACAUUAACAAGACAGACGUGGUAGAUUUCCCCCGGUUUCCACACCGAGGACUCCUACUGGACACCUCCAGACACUACCUACCUGUGCGCUCCAUCCUGGAGACUCUGGAUGCUAUGGCCUACAACAAGUUCAAUGUGUUUCACUGGCACAUCGUGGAUGACCCCUCCUUUCCCUACCAGAGCCCCACUUUCCCCAACCUCAGCAGCAAGGGUGCCUUCCACCCCCAGACCCACAUCUACACCAUGAGCGACGUCAAGCGGGUGAUAGAACAUGCCCGGCUGUGGGGGAUCAGAGUUAUUCCCGAAUUUGAUACCCCGGGGCACACACAGUCCUGGGGAAAAGGACAGCCAGGUUUGCUGACCGCAUGCUACAAAGGGUCAGUUCCCUCGGGUACGUUCGGACCUGUCAACCCAAUGCUGAACACCACCUACCAAUUCAUGAGCAAGCUGUUCGAUGAAAUCAGCUCGGUGUUUCCAGACUCCUACCUGCAUCUGGGAGGGGAUGAAGUCAACUUCGCCUGCUGGAAAUCCAACCCAGAUAUCCAGCAAUUUAUGAAGAAAAUGGGAUUUGGGACCGACUACAGAAAACUAGAAUCGUUUUACAUUGAGAAUCUGGUGAAGAUUGUAACGGCGCUAAACAAGAACUCACUUGUGUGGCAGGAGGUGUUUGACAAUGCAGUGAAGGUCCCUGCAGACACGGUGGUCCAUGUGUGGAAGGGGAAUAAAGAACAGUACAGCCAGGAGAUGAGCAGCGUCACAGCAGGGGGCUUCAAGGUCUUGCUGUCGGCUCCCUGGUAUCUAAACACCAUUACUUAUGGGCAGGAUUGGAUGGAGACCUACAAAGUAGAACCACUCGGCUUCAAUGGUACGGCUGAGCAGAAGAAGCUGGUGAUGGGUGGAGAGGCGUGCAUGUGGGGAGAAUACGUUGAUGCCACGAACCUGACGCCCAGGCUGUGGCCGAGAGCCGGUGCUGUUGGAGAGAGACUGUGGAGCAAUGAAGCACAGACCUCUAACUUGGACACGGCGUACGACAGGCUGACAGAGUUUCGCUGCAGGCUGCUCAGGCGUGGAAUCCAAGCUCAGCCCCUGUUUGUGGGUUACUGUGAUCACGAGUAUGAGGGGAUCUGAAGGAAGCCUCUAAUCAGCCUACCGACUGCACUGACCCCACUCAGUUCAGUUCAGUACAGUACAGUACAGUACAGAACAGUGGGGCUAAUGGAAGAAAACAAGUGUGCAAUGCCAGCAUUUAUUUAACAGGAAUGAGGGAUAUGAAUUUGUCUUUCAAUUGGUUUUACUUGUGUAAUAAUUAUGGUUGGAUGAGGAAUAUUAAAUUGGGGGGGCAUGUUUUCCAGUGUGUGUGUGCGCCUUACACUUUUUAAUACAUUUUAUAUCUGGACAAAGGAGUCAUCAACAUGUAUUAAACUCUACCUUUAUUUUCGGCCUUAA